AUGGCAUCUUACACCGUGGUCAUUGUCCCUCUCAGGAACAAUCCUACCAGUCUGGAUGCAUUGCGUUUCUUCCUCUGGGUGAAGAAGCUGAAGGACUUGGAGAGGGAAAAGGAUCUUCUGUGGAUGGGAUUGCAGGCUUUAGAGCAGGUGCGAGAGAAGUUAUGUUCCAACCUAGAUAAUUACAUGGAAGUGCAAGACAAAUUCAACAAAGGAGAGAUGAAAAAAGUGUUUCCAGACACCCCCACCCUACUGUUGGCUCAGAUUCACAGAGUGAACAGGACCUUGAGGAAUCUAUUGUGUGACUCCAGGAAUCCCACUGUUCCUGCAACAGAAGGUACUGAAGGCCACCGGCCCUCUCCUGCCUGUUCAGAAGAAAGUGCUUGUUUUUGA